AUGGAUGGUUGGCUGGUGAAGAAAAAGAAGCCUAAGACGGGCCGCAAUAAGGUUGCCGAAGAGAUCGAUGCUAUGCUUGACGAGUUUGAUAAUGAAGCUCCGCCUGACUGGGAUGAGAUUGAAGAGAACAAAAAGCUGGAGCAGCAGUUUGGUGACUUGAGCCGUUUUCCGGCUGAGGAGGUUGAGGACCUGAUGGGAUGCUUGAGUUCUCCAGAGAUGAUUGAUGCCAGUCCGCCACGACAGCCCCGACGUUCGGCUUUGAAACCUCGUCUGAAGUGGAAGUCCAAGGAGCCACAGUCUAGCGAUCCUGCAGAUCGUGAGCCCAAGGCGGGCGAUGGAGAUCGUGAGCCCAAGGCGGGCGAUGGAGAUCGUGGGCCCAACGCGGGCGAUGGACAUCGUGAGCCCAAUGCGGGCGAUGGAGAUCGUGAGCCCAGAGAUCGCGACCCGCCUGGAGAUCCGAUAAUUCGGCCGAAUAUUGGUUGCAAUUAUUUAGCGGAAGCCAUCGACUUGGAUGAUACUUCCAGUGAAACGGAAGCGGCUACCAUGGAAGCUGUAGUGCUACAGAGAAACUUUGUCCACCCAGAUGCUGUUCCCGCAGAGCCGAAAGAGGAAGGACUGGAGGUUUCCAAGCAGGAAAGAAAAAGGCCGCAGAGCACUCGGUACAGUACGAGGUUUCAGUUUGCCCUUGAAGCCUACAACGAGCACUUGGCAGGGAAGAUGCCGCUGGCCAACGACAAGGCCGAGAAGAAAUUUUGGGUAUACCUCAUUGAGGAGGGUCUGGGCACGCUCAGCGAUGAGACCGAGAUCGAGGUCUUUUGCCAUGAUAUGGCUGUGGCUUUUCUGCAGCACAGGGCCAGGCCGAUCGAGCCAGGAUUUAGGGGCCAAGCCUUCAGGGUCAAGGUGUGGGGAUAUAUGGCAUGGAUUAAGUAUGAGACCUAA